AAACAGAAUUGGUGGGUGGAAAAUUGCAAGAUUUUUCAAGUUUUGAACUGUUGUUUCAUCCCGCUCACUCACGCUCCUCUCUCUCUGCUGCUGCUUAUAUCACCACUCACCACCCACUCUCACUUUCGGACCACACUCUCUCUUCAACUUGUGUGGCUGUAUGAGCAAGAUCUUGUUUUGAGGCAAUUGGGUUGCUCUUCUUCAAGGCAAAUGAAUAAAGGGAAUGCAUCUUGUGCCAAAGAGGAAGAGCAUCCACUCCGAAUCACGAGGGCGAGGGCUAGAGCCUUGGGAGGGAUUCCUCCCUACUCAAGACCGUCCUUUAAGAAUGACCACAAGAAAGCAAGUUCCAAAAGAGCAGCUUCUGUUAACAAAGCUUGUGCAGUGGUUCCUGAUGCUCGUCAGCAGAAGAGAAAGGCAGUGCUCACAGAUGUAACCAACAUCAGCAAAAAGCCACAUGAUAUGUGUAUUCAAGCACCAAAAUUUCAAGGAAGGGGAGUUUACAAGAAGAAAAACACAAAGCUAGCUUCAAAUGUCUCCAUUGAAGCUUCAUCAUCACAAGAGCAUGUUAAAGCAAAGUUAGCAGAAGAAUCAUCCACAAUAAAGAUGGUAGAGUCAGCCGGCUCAUUUGCAGAAGCAACUUUAGAUGACAAAGAGCCAGCAGCCAAUUGUUUGUCCAACAACAUUAAAGAACAUGUUAUAGCAGGCUCCACGCUUACAAUGCAAGAAUCUAUGCAAUCUGAUGAACUCCUUAGCUCUCCAAACACAGAUAUGGAUAUAAAUUGUGAGAAUCCGGGAGCCUCAGAUAUCCCAGCCAUUGUGGAUAUUGAUUCAGAGUUAAUAGACCCUCUAGUUUGGAGCUCCUAUGCCCCUGACAUAUACAACAUUACUCGAGUCAGAGAGCUUGAAAGGAGGCCAUUAACCAACUACAUGGAUGAGUUACAGAAAGAUAUUUGUCCAAGCAUGCGUGGAAUUCUGAUUGAUUGGCUUGUUGAGGUUUCUGAGGAAUAUAAGCUGGUUCCAGACACUCUUUACCUGACAGUGAACCUCAUCGAUCGGUUUCUCUCAACAAGAUUGAUUCAGAAACAAAGGCUCCAGCUUCUUGGUGUUACUUGCAUGCUGAUUGCAUCAAAGUAUGAAGAGAUUUGUGCUCCUCGAGUAGAGGAGUUUUGCUUCAUCACAGACAAUACAUACACAAGGGAAGAGGUAUUGAAGAUGGAGAGUGAAGUUCUAACACUUUUGCAAUUUCAGUUAUCUUUCCCCACAACUAAAACAUUUCUCAGGAGAUUCAUCCAAGCUGCACAAACUUCUUACAAGGCCCCUCGUGUUGAACUGGAAUUCCUAGCAAAUUAUUUAGCAGAGCUUGGUCUUGUUGAGUACAGCUUCUUGGAAUUUCUACCUUCCAUGGUGGCUGCUUCUGCUGUAUUCCUUGCAAAAUGGACCCUCGACCAUUUAGAACAUCCAUGGAAUCCAACUCUGGAGCAUUAUACAAACUACAAAUCUUCAGAGCUCAAAACUGUUGUUCUUGCACUCCAAGAUCUCCAACUUAAUACCAAAGGCUGUCCACUGAAUGCUAUACGUGAGAAAUAUAAAUACCAGAAGUUCAAUUGUGUGGCAAAUCUGUCUCCAAAACCGGUGCAGUCACUCUUCCAGGUUCAAGUGUAAAUUAUGCAUAUCUAAGGGAUGAUUUCGGAAUUUCUGGUACAGUGAUGGUGGUGUUAUCAUCCGUGGUGAUAUAUUUAACCCUCUUGUUAUUAAUCUCAACUUAUUAAUUGUGAAGUUUGUAAAAUGAAAGAUAGUUUCAAAUUUUGGUUCGUCGAGAUCUCCUUGUAACGUGAAACCAUUGCAUGAUGAUAAAGUUCAACCAGGGCGUUGAAGUGCCUAACAUCAAGUUGACUUCAUUUAAGGUUGCCAUUAUGCAACAAAGCCGUCUAGCUGCUUAUGCUUUCAAGAUUACCUUUGUACCGAAACAUUCGUGUAACAAAAACUACACGCGGUUGUUUACUUUCCUGAUUUUAUCAAUGGUGGUACAUGUAUACAGUUUGCUUUUAUUUC